UUCGUUUUUCAAUUUUUUCUAUCAUGGCAUUUCAACCCGUAAACCCAAAGCCAUUUUUACAAGAAUUAACAGGUAAACCUGUUAUGGUUCGUUUGAAAUGGGGCAUGGAAUAUAAAGGGUUCCUCGUUUCCGUAGACUCUUAUAUGAAUUUACAGCUAGCAAAUACCGAAGAAUUUGUUGAUGGUCAGUCAACUGGCGCUCUUGGUGAAGUAUUGAUCAGAUGUAAUAACGUUUUAUACAUCCGAGGAAUUGAAGAAGAUGUUGAAAUGGGUGGAACAUAAUACUUACAUUUUUUCUUAAUAAAAUUUUUUAUCUUGAGGAAUAACAUCAAUACGAAAUCACAAUGAUAGAAUUUUUUCUAUUUAAGAAUUAAAUAUUUUAAGAAAAAAUUUCUCACAUUUAACUAUCUGAUAACUGGCAAAAGUUAUAUCUAGUAAUUAUUAUUUGAGAUAAUGAUCAAUUGAUCUAUAUCCUAGCAGAAAUAAAGCAUAUAAAUUAAUAGUCUCCUAAUUUUACUGCAAAAUAUUAAGUAAAAACUUAUAAGGAUUUUGCAGUAUUAUGGAUUAAAUAUUUCAGAUAUUAUCUUUUAGUAGGAUCAAUCUAAAGAACACUACUAUAUUCAUCAAUUAAAGAUAAAAAUAUUAAAAUUUU